CAUUGGACAGCAGCUGUGUUGAAUGCUCCUCCUCAAUCACCUUUAAAACCUGCAGCAAACACCCAGAGACACACAUUCAUCUAGCUGCUGCUGAUAACCUGUGAACAUGUUCUGCAGACGAGCAUUGCAGAGAGUCGGGCCGCUGGCACGGAGGGCUUUCCAACCAACAUCCAGAAAUGCUCCAGUGCGACACAUGGCCUUCGGGAUCCCUGGAGGCUCCAGCAACAUGGCGUACUUUGUUCUCUGUGGAGGAGGCCUCACUGCUGCAGUCGUCUAUGCCUACAAGACAGUCAAUGGUGAUACUGAGCGCUAUGAGGACAGACUCGCCAGCAUGGACUCCACAGCGAAAGCACCAGAAGUAGCAGCUCCUGCAGCUGAACCUGCCCCAGCUGAGGAGGCAGCGCCCGCUCCAGUUGAGGAGGCAGCGCCCGCUCCAGUUGAGGAGGCAGCCCCGGCCCCAGAGGUCGUCGCCGAGGUCGUCGCAGAGGUCGUCGCCGAGUCUGUCCCUGCUCCUGCAGAACCAGUAGCAGAGACCGCUGCCGAACCCGUCGUCGAGGCCGUCGCUGAAGUAGCAGCCGCAGUUGUCUCUGAGGUGGUUGUUGCCGAGCCAGCAGCCACAGAAGAAGCCGCUCCAGCUGUAGCGGUGGAGGCAGUUCCUGAAGCCGCUCCUGAAGCUGCACCCGUCAGCGUGGAAGUUGCCGCCACAGAAGAGGCCCCCGCGGCAGAGAGCGCUGGUACGGCAGCAGUAGAUGAAGCCCCUCCCGCUCCCCCCGCUGAGGCAGAGACUGGCUCUGCAGCCCCCGAGGCUGAGGCCGCUGCCCCUGCUGCAGAGUUGGCUGCAUAAAGCUGUGACGGUGCAGUAGUUGCCCAGAAAGUAGGGCUUGGGAGUUAGUCGUGCCGUGUCCACCUCUCUGGCCCCGGGAUGAAAAAAGGACUCAUGAACCCCUAUUUGUCUUCCGGUUGGUUAAUAAAUACCAGUUAGAGGUUCAUCAGUCCAGUUUUCGGGUACUUUCCUUCCCUUACCUCACCCCAACCUUCAGACCCAAACCAGAACAUUUGGCAUUUAGGCUGUCUGUUUAGAUUCAGUUUGGAAAAUUCAAGUUUCUAUAGGAAUUUUUUUAUAACCAGAGCAAAUCCAAAUUAUGGUUUGGCUACUGUACAGUCGAUAGAGGAGUGUCGAACUAGGUGAUUAUAAGGGAUGGAACGGAGUUGAUGACUAAUGUUCUGUGAAAUGUUGUUCCAAGUGCCCUUAAAACAUGACAAAUUUGCCUCUCUUUUCCUUAUCUAAAGAUGUCCGCACGGUGAAUGAAUGUAGCCCAUUUGAUAAGUUGUCUUGUCUCGCUCCAACAUCUUUUGCACUUGGGUCGUCUUCUGCUCAGCGAAUGCUUACUUCCAGCUAUAUCCCACGAAUCUUUGCUCUGGUUAGGAUUAUCAUGCAAACGGGACAGAGAUGGAACACAUUCAGUUUGACCAAAUACCAGUUAGCUCUUCUUUUCCUUGCUGCAGCGCUUGCCUAGUUUUCUCGAUAGUCUUCGCACAUCUCCUCUUAUCGUAAUGACCAUAUUCUCUUUUUCUUUUUUUUUCUCUCGCACGUUCAAAUACUUUUUACCAGCCAUGUACAAGGUUUUUUUUUUUGGUUUUUUUCAGUGUUAAAGUUACUUCUCCUGUCUCUUUAAUGUGAAAUCUUUCAGGGAACACUACAGAAAAUUCAUUCACCUGUCUUUGCGUAUGUUGUCUUUAUGAUUGCAACAGUUAAGAUUUCAAAGAAUAAAACAUCACUGGAUGAGAAGGAAGUGUCUCAAUA